AUUUCUCCCCCCUGAUAGAGCUGAACUGAUCGAAGGAGGCAUCCAGACCGAGGGGUUGAACUAGCAUCAGCUCCAGCUCUCCUCCGUUGUCGUCCAUCUCUGUCUCCUCUCCCGCACUCCCGAAGCCCGUCGACCUGCUUUCCACCGGAGCUGCAAAAAUGGCGACUGCAGUGUGCACCACUUCCCGCAUUGCGUCGAUCGCCCCAUCGACCAGUGCUACCAAGGCCGUGAGCUCUGGCUCAGCAGUCAAGGCAGCCUUCUUCGGAAAGACUCUGAGGUCCGCCAAGGUGUCCGCUGUGAGCAAGGCUUCCUUCUCCGUGAGGGCUCAGGCCACCGAGAGGCCGCUGUGGUUCCCCGGAAGCACUGCCCCCGAAUGGCUCGACGGCUCCCUGCCAGGAGACUUCGGCUUCGACCCCUUGGGUCUUGGAUCCGAGCCUGAGCUACUGAAGUGGUUCGUGCAAGCCGAGAUCGUGCACUGCCGAUGGGCCAUGCUCGGAGCCGCGGGAAUUUUCAUUCCCGAGCUGCUGACCAAGAUCGGAAUCCUGAACACCCCGUCUUGGUACACUGCCGGAGAGCAGACCUACUUCGCUGACCAGACCACCCUUUUCAUCGUGGAGUUGCUGUUCAUGGGAUGGGCCGAGGGCAGGAGAUGGGCCGACAUCCUGAAGCCAGGAUCAGUGAACACUGACCCCGUCUUCCCCAACAACAAGCUCACAGGAACCGAUGUCGGUUACCCCGGAGGCUUCUGGUUCGACCCCCUGGGCUGGGGAGCUGGCGGUGCCGCCAAGGUUAAGGAAUUGAGGACCAAGGAGAUCAAGAACGGAAGACUCGCCAUGCUCGCCGUCAUGGGCGCCUGGUUCCAAGCCGUGUACACAGGAACCGGUCCCAUCGACAACUUGUUCGCCCAUCUUGCCGACCCCGGUCACGCCACCGUCUUCGCCGCUCUCGACAAAUUGCAGUAAAUGAUGUACAUUACUCGUUGUCAGCGAUUCCGCAGCUCAAACGAGAUGUGGCUGGUAAAUUGUACGAUGAAAAAUAGAAGUCAGUGCAGAAGAGGCGUACAACAUUUUUUCCCCCGAAUCUCUCUGUAUAGUCCCAGUUGUUUAUCAUCAGCUCAGCGCCCUUCGGUUUUCUGGUGGAUUUGUCGCCCCAAUAUGAUGGUUUGAUGAUGACGAAUUUGUCGACAUGUUUUAUAAACUCGAACCUUAUCUUAUUUCUGCCUUUUUUUCUCGACAAGUGUAUUGUUCGUGGCCAUGGCUAUCCCCUAUGCAAACUCUUUACGC